GACGUGGAGCCUGCGUACGUUUCCUUCUCGAAGCGCGUCGAAGGGACGCACGUACGACGUUCUUUUCGUACGUAGGAAGUCCUUAGUGGUCCUAGUUCUCGCGCGCGUAGCAAACGGCGCGCUCGUGAGUGGCGCGUACGCUACACCUCUCCCCGCCUACUAGACUCUCGAAGCGCGCGAUUGGUCGGCGAUCGUAGGAGCGAGUGGUGGGGGUUGGCCGGCGUAGUGAUACCCGGCCGGCCGAGACUUGCGGCAGAGCCCUCGCACACCGAUAGAGAACGGUGGACUCCAUUGCUGUCCUGAGUGCGUUUCUCGUCGGCCGCUGGUGUCGUAUCCGCUGUGUCUCUGUCUCUAUUUCUCUCUCCGGUAUAUCUCUGCUCUCUGCUCUCUACGCCGCGCCCGCUCGCGCACGCAGCUACACACAAAUUCUUCUCUCCUUUUAUUCUCGCUUGCUUCAAUUUCCUCUGCGCAAUUAUAAUACGCCGUACCGUUACGAGGAGGACGAUAUUGUGAAUAAUACCGCUCGCUCUCUCCCUGUGUCUAGUGUCCAUACGGCUAAAGCUCCGUAACUUUCUCGAAGGAGCCUGAGAAAAAGCGAAAAGGAGGGACAAAAUGGCCGACCAACUAACGGAGGAACAGAUCGCAGAAUUCAAGGAGGCAUUUUCGCUAUUUGACAAAGAUGGUGAUGGUACUAUAACUACCAAAGAAUUGGGCACCGUUAUGCGAUCUCUUGGUCAAAAUCCGACGGAAGCUGAACUUCAAGAUAUGAUUAACGAAGUGGAUGCAGAUGGUAACGGCACAAUCGAUUUCCCGGAAUUUUUGACCAUGAUGGCACGUAAAAUGAAGGAUACUGACAGUGAAGAGGAGAUAAGGGAGGCGUUCAGAGUGUUUGAUAAAGAUGGUAAUGGUUUCAUAUCCGCGGCAGAACUUAGACACGUCAUGACAAAUCUUGGAGAAAAGCUUACCGACGAAGAAGUCGACGAAAUGAUUCGAGAGGCCGACAUCGAUGGUGAUGGCCAAGUUAAUUACGAAGAAUUCGUCACAAUGAUGACAUCAAAGUGAAUGCAACCUGUAUAAUGGAAGAACUUGCGACUUGAAGUGGUGUUGACGUACUAA